AGAGCUAGCUUGCUAGCUAGUAGCUACAGAUGACACAUGGGGAUGUUUACAGCAGCUACUCUCCGAUAACCGUCGUUGUUCUGCCCGGUGACAACCGUUAACUCCUCAACCAUCUUCAUCAGCGAGCGAGCGCCUCACCAAGAACAGCGAUGGCAGACCAUGUCCCCUCUGUUGCCAUGGAAGCCGUCCUCAAGCCCAGUUGCGACCUCCCAGAGGACAUGCCGAAGAUCAAAGGCUAUGAAUUCAACCAGGGGGUCGAUCUCCACGCAGUGCUGAAGUCCUACCACACCACGGGUUUCCAGGCCAGCAACUUCAGCUUGGCCAUCCAGGAGAUCAACCACAUGAUAGAGAAGCGACUUGAGCCAUUUGAAGGUGAAGGAAGUGAGUCUGAAGAGUCUGGUGAUUCACCCAGCAGCUCGGGCUGCACCAUCUUCCUCGGUUACACCUCCAACCUCAUCAGCUCCGGGGUCAGGGAGAGCAUCCGCUAUCUGGCAGAGCACAAAAUGGUGGAUGUGAUUGUUACCACAGCUGGCGGCAUCGAGGAGGAUUUUAUCAAGUGUCUGGCUCACACAUACCUGGGAGACUUCAGCCUACCUGGCAAAGAGCUCCGCCUGAGAGGAAUUAACAGAAUAGGGAACCUGUUGGUGCCCAAUGAUAACUACUGUAAGUUUGAAGACUGGCUGAUGCCCAUCCUGGACCAGAUGUUGUUGGAGCAAAACACAGAGGGAACUCGCUGGACUCCCUCCAAAAUGAUCCAUCGGCUUGGCAAGGAGAUCAAUAAUACCGACUCUGUCUACUACUGGGCGUACAAGAAUAAUAUCCCUGUGUUCAGUCCUGCUCUGACAGACGGCUCUCUGGGCGACAUGAUCUACUUCCACUCUUUUAAGAACCCCGGCUUGGUAUUGGACAUAGUGGAAGAUAUCCGCAGGUUGAACAGCCAGGCGGUUUUUGCCAAAAGGACGGGAAUGAUCAUCUUGGGAGGCGGCCUGGUCAAACAUCACAUAGCCAAUGCUAAUCUUAUGAGGAAUGGAGCCGACUAUGCAGUGUUUGUGAACACUGGUCAGGAGUUCGACGGCUCCGACUCUGGGGCAAGACCUGACGAAGCCAUAUCCUGGGGCAAGAUAAGAACAGACGCCAAACCCGUCAAGGUGUACGCAGAUGCCUCUUUAGUCUUCCCUCUGAUCGUGGCUGAGACCUUCGCUCUCCAUGUCCACAAACUGACCGCCGGCAGGAAAACAGAUUAAAAAGGAGGCCUUUCCAAGGGACUGAAUGACCACACAUCUCGUGGAUGACCACACAUCUUCUG